AUGGCUAACUAAAAAGAAUAAUUUGAUAUUUUUACAAAUUAAUUACAAUAAAAAAAAAGUUGUUAUUUAAUUCAUAAAUAUCUGAAAAAGAUAAAAGAUUAGAUUUAACAUUUAUCACAAGCCCCGCAAGGAUAAUUUAGUAAUCAGAACAAAUUUAAAAAUUUUGAUAUUCAAUAUUAAUUGUUGAUAUAAAACAAAACAUGA